AUGGACAGCAGCACAGCAGCCCAGUGCAGGGAAAUCGAAGCAGCUCUUGGCGGACCUGCAGCUUUGGCUCGGCUGACGGGCUCCCGAGCCUACGAGCGGUUCACCGGACCUCAGGUUCGGCGAGUGUGGCAGCAUCAGGCUCGGGAGUAUGAGAGCACCGAAAGGAUCUCUCUAGUGAGCUCGUUUGGCGCAUCGCUAUUGGUUGGAGAUUACGCUCCCAUCGAUGCUGCUGACGGCGCUGGGAUGAAUCUGAUGGAUCUGCGGACGAGACAGUGGGCUGACGUGGCACUGGAGGCCACGGCGCCGAACCUUCGAGAGAGGCUCGGCGAGGUGGUUCCGUCCCACCAAGUGAUUGGCAGCGUGCAUCAGUACUACGUGGACAGGUUUGGCUUCUCCCCAAGCUGCCAAGUCGUGGCGUGGUCAGGGGAUAACCCUUGCAGCCUUGCUGGUUUGGCGCUGGGAGGUUCGGGCGAUGUGGGCAUCAGCCUGGGGACGAGCGACACUGUGUUUGCAGUCGUGAUGGAUCCUCAACCAGGUCUGGAGGGCCACGUGUUUCCCAACCCAGUGGAUCCAUCCUCGUUUAUGGCCAUGAUCUGUUAUAAGAACGGGUCGCUCACUCGGCAAGCCAUCAGGGACCACUGUGCAGGAGGGUCGUGGGAGACAUUCUGCCACCUGCUGAAUGAAGCCCCGCCGUUGACUGGUGGGCGAAUGGGAUUCUACUAUCUUGACCCGGAGAUCAUCCCUCCACUGCCUGUGGGGACCCAUCGCUUUUCACCAAGGCAGGGUGGGGACGACUCUCUCACUCGCCUCUCCUCUGAUCAAACCUUCGAACCACCACAAGAGAUCAGGGCAUUGGUGGAAGGGCAGUUGGUGUCAAUGAGAGGGCAUGCAGAGAGAAUCGGGUUGCAAAGUCCACCUGCCCGGAUCAUUGCCACGGGUGGCGGCUCAGCCAAUGAGGCAAUUUUGCGCACCAUGGCAAAUGUUUUUGGCUGCCCAGUGUAUACCUCCGCAACCACAGACUCUGCCUCGUUGGGAGCAGCGCUGAGAGCAGCACACGGCUAUCUCUGCCACACCCAAGGCUCCUUUCUCCCCUUCACCUCCCUCCUGGCUCAAGCCGGUGCCAGCUCAGCAAGUGCCACCUCAGCAAGCGCCACCUCUGCAGGUGCCAGCUCAGCAAGUGCCUCUGCAGAAGGUGCCACAUCAGCAGCAGCCCCUAGCGCUGUGUCUCUUUCCGAAGCAAUCCCUGCCGGAUCCCCGGACCUGCACGCAAGGUACGGGGAUAUGGUGGCUCGGAGAAUGGCUGUUGAGAAACAGCUACUGGAAGAAGCUACAGGGUAA